GUGCAGCAGCUGCCGAGCCCGAGGGAGGAGCGGGCUGCAGCCCCCAGCCGGGCUCAUGGCCUCCGGGGCGUGCUGCGGGGCGCUCCGCGGCUUCCUCUUCGAGUACGACACCCCCCGCAUCGUGCUGAUCAAGAGCCGCAAAGUGGGGCUGGUGAACCGGGCGGUGCAGCUGGCCAUCCUGGCCUACGUGAUCGGCUGGGUCUUUGUGUGGGAAAAGGGCUACCAAGAAACAGACAAUGUGGUCAGUUCGGUUACCACCAAGGUGAAGGGAAUAACCGUGACAAACACAUCGGAGUUGGGACUCCGGGUCUGGGAUGUGGCUGACUAUGUUAUUCCACCUCAGGGAGAGAAUACGUUAUUCAUCAUGACAAACCUGAUAAUGACACUGAAUCAGACACAAGGCUAUUGUCCUGAGCUUCCAGAUAAGACAACGGUGUGUAAUUCCAGUAAGGACUGUGCUGCAGGAUACAUAGGCACCCACAGCAAUGGAGUCCAGACUGGGAAGUGUAGGAAGUACUCCACCUCUGUCAAAACCUGUGAGAUCUAUGCUUGGUGUCCUGUGGAGAAUGACACUCAUUUACCUAAGCCGGCUUUCCUAAAGGAUGCUGAGAACUUCACCAUUUUGGUGAAGAACAAUAUCUGGUAUCCCAAGUUCAACUUCACCAGGCGAAAUAUUUUGCCCUCUAUCAGUACCGUUUACCUCAAGACCUGCAUUUAUGACCCUAAAACGGAUCCCUUCUGCCCAAUCUUCCGAAUCCGUCAAAUAGUUGAAGCUGCAGGACAGAAUUUUCAGGAGAUGGCUGUUGAGGGUGGAGUAAUGGGGGUGCAGAUCAACUGGAACUGUGACCUUGACAAACCUGCUUCUUACUGUGUGCCAAAAUACACCUUCCGUCGCCUUGACAACAAGGAUUCUGACCACACGGUCUCACCUGGAUAUAAUUUCAGGUUUGCAAAAUACUACAAGGACGCAAGUGGCACUGACUCACGGACACUAAUUAAGGCUUACGGCAUCCGUUUUGAUAUCAUGGUGUUUGGAAAGGCAGGAAAAUUUGAUAUAAUUCCUACAAUGAUUAACAUUGGUUCUGGGCUAGCCCUGUUUGGAGUGGCAACAGUCCUGUGUGACAUCGUGGUUCUGUACUUCAUGAAGAAGAGAUAUUACUACAGAGAGAAGAAAUACAAAUACGUAGAAGAUUAUGAACUGGGAGCAGAUUUCUUGUGAGAAGGUUCCUUUUUUGGCUGACGAGAUCAAGGCAGGAUUCCAAUGCUUGUCUCCAGGCGUGAGAUGCUAGUCCAUUUUGCCCUCACUGUAAGUGUAAUGGUGGUCUACCUUCUGUCCUUUUUAAAGGGAGCCAGCGAGACAUAUGGAACGCAAUCCUGACAGUGGUGGUGCUGCAGCAUCAAUUGCCCAACAUGAAGUGCUGCUGUGAAUGUUAUUCUGCUUCAUGGAGAGACAGUAAGAUGAUGCUGCAGGCUUCCCUUCCUGGAACUGGGUUAAUCAAUCUGUGUUCUCUAAGCGGAAAGAGAAACCUCCCUCAUUACUUUAUGGCUGACAGUGCAUUCUUGUUCUGUGUCAUUGACAACCCAGGGAAAGUUUUGAAGCUACUAGUUGUUCGAAUUUUUGCCGUGGUAAACAAAUGUAAAGAUCAGGAUGUGUAUGCCAAACUCUCAUGGAAAGUGUCUCAAGAUAAGAAACAGCUGAGUAAGUCUUCCCUUCCCCCUUAUUCUCUAGAAAGCCCCCUGGAGGGGCCAGUCACCCAAGGCCUACCUCUUUGCUAGGGGCAGAGGAAGUUGGGCCAGGAUGAGUGUUGAGAUGAGUGACAUUAAAUGGGGGAAGGGGAGGUUACUUGGUGGAAGAGCCAGGCCCCUCUUAAGAGGUAAGAUCCCUUCCCCUGCUGUGGUGAACCUGGUCACUAAUCUUCACCCUCAGGCCUGGAGAGCAUCUAGCUACAGCCUGAUGGCAAUAAAAUGUAUUUCCUUACUGGGAGGGCAAGUCAUCAGCUAACCUGCAGGUUAUGUGAUCUUCAGGAGCCAAGAGUAGGAGAUGAAGCUCACUCUAGGUCUCCUGCAUUCGAGUAGGUGGCUGAUGCAUUUAUAAAGAGGCUGCUUUUUUUCUGGUCCUCUUAAAAUUCAGUUUGUAAUGAAGGAAAAGGAUUACAACGGUGAUAGCACUUCACAAUGAGUGGAGAUGCCAAUAUUCCAAAAACACAAAUUAACUAUAUUGCAUAAACUUUCUUCUAAGUGAUUUAGUAUAAGAGAGAAUCCAUGCUCUAGUGAACCAAUAAACCCCUUGCAAAGGUAAA